AUGGGGAAACUGCUGGCUGACCCUCUGUUUCUUUCUUCUGUCGGGUCAGAGGAGGACGUGGUGUCCAUGGCUGACUCCAGCAUUACUGUUGAUGACAUCGAAAAUGAGCUCUUCAAGAUUGAGAGGAUCCGCGAUGUGCUGGUCAGGAGGGAGUCAGAGCUCCGAUACAUGAUGGAUGACAUGCAGCUGUGCAAAGAGAUUACUCGACUUAAGAGGGAACUGCAAAAAUUAGUGUCUGUUCCAGAUAAUGACAAAUCCAAGGAAGACCGCCAGAAAGAGGAAGAGCUCCUGCAGCAGAUCCAGAAGCUGGUUGAGGCCAGAGACUUCCUGGUGGAUGACGUGGAGUUCGAACGCCUGAGAGAAAAAGAAGAAGACAGAGAAAUGGCAGAUUUUCUCAAGUCCAAGUUCCCUAAAAAUACGAAGAGUAAAGGCCGUGUCCCAACCAGAAGGCUAGCAUCAGGGGUCCAGCAGACCUCCUCCCCCUUCACCAAGACUGGGCUCACCUUGCUGAAGGAGUGCUGUGGCUUCACCUGCUCCAUCAUGUAG